CAAAGAUGCUACAUAAGGAGAUCGUCAAGCCUUCCCAUUACCAUCGCCGUAACUGUCACGCAGCGAACAGAUGGCUACCUUGAUGAAUAUAGAGAAUUUAAGCAAUGUGAUUGGCUACUGACAGCACCAAUUGGUCACAGUAUCAAGCUGAUUUUCAUAAAGAAAACGUAUAGCGAGAUACUCCUUGCAUAUGAUGCUGCUACACCACACAACUCAUCCACAAGGACGAUGGAUACUCAAUUUUAUCGAGAGGUAAUAUCCAGUGGACGCCAUCUGUGGUUGAAAAAUGUCAAAAGGUAUACCAGUCACGGAUUUACAGUGAAAUAUAAAGCCUUGAAGAAAAAGAAAGUGUCGCAGUGUUCGCCAUUGAAUGUCAAAAAUGGAAACCUGACCUGCUCAGAUGAUACCUGUCAGCUGACCUGUAAUAUGGGAUAUUUCUCUUUAAGGUCUACAGUUUUGACAUGCGUAGAAGGAAACCAGUGGGCUGGUGUGUUUCCCAAGUGCUUAUCAGUCAAGAUCGUAGGUACUACCAAGAAUCAGUCUAUGGGUCGUGUAGAAGUGUUUGUUGAUGGACAGUGGUACGCGGUGUCUUACAGCAGAGGAUGGACCAUCCAAUCAGCUAACAUUGUCUGUCGAAUGCUGGGUCUUCCCAAUGCAACAGCAGCACCAGAAGGUUCCAUAUUUCCUUCUACAACAAGAUACACGUUAAUGCAGGUUGAACGUUGCACAGGACACGAGACAUCGAUAUUUGAUUGCAGUGUUCGUCUUUUAUCUAACGCUAAUAAUUAUGGACAGGGUUAUGCAGCGGGAGUAAUAUGUGGUUAUGUGAGAGCUAAAGUUGAAGUCAAGGCAACCUCCCCAAACAAAAUGCAACCCAUAGGAGAAGUUUUGCUCUCUGUCAACGGCGUGAGAGCACCUCUCGGGGUCAACAACUGGGAUAAGAACGCCAUGGAUGUAGUGUGUCGAAUGAUGGGCAUCGAGGGACCUCAUGAUGCACCUCCUUUAACUAUGCUUUUGGAGGAUAGUGAAAAUGGUGUGUGGGUAGACCACGUGAAGUGCUUAGGAAACGAGAGUUCUUUACUGGACUGUGAUCAUCCAGGGCUGAGGAACAAGAAUCAAUACAGUUUAUUUGGCUCUUAUGAAAAAGCGUUAGUAGCUUGUGGACAAAUGAACCUUACUCUGCAGCUAAGCAGAGGAGUGAACGAACAAGAUGGAAUUAUCCAGGCAUAUUUUAAUGGCAUCGAGGGAGGUACUGACUUCCAGACUUUUUCUAGUGCUGAUCUCUUGGUAAAUGGAAACGUGGCUUGCCGCAUGCUUGGGCUCCCCACACCUGCUUACCACAUUGGAGGGAUUAGAAGUGGUAACUUUCCCGGAAAUUGGGAGCUGGUGUUGUCACAAGUGCGUUGUCAAGGAAACGAGAAGUUUUUACUAGAUUGCAAUUAUACAAUAACAUCGGCGAGUUUUCAUAGCUUCUAUUUCCUUAGUGUAAAACGGCAAAUUUUAAUCUGCAGUGAAGGUAGGUUGGUCAUGUUGUGAAAUUAAUUAGUUAUGUCCGCAUGAUUACUUAGAUCGUAGACGUGAUCAAUCAUUAGUUAGACAGACACAAAGAAAGAUAACGGAGAGAUAUU